CCGCCGACGAGCAGCACAACCCAACCGCACGAGACGACGGCGACUCCCCCCGCGCGCACUUAGAUCCGAGGCAGAGAGAGAGAGGUGGAAAUGGCAGGGAGGCUGACCGCGGCGGGGUCCCGCAUCCUGGGCGGCCAAGGCGCCGCCGCGCGCGCCGCGGCGUCCGCGCUCCGGCACCGCGCCGGCAUGGGCCUCCCCGUCGGCAGGCACAUCGUCCCCGACAAGCCCCUGCCCACGAACGACGAGCUGCUGUGGGACAACGGCACGCCCUUCCCGGAGCCCUGCAUCGACCGCCUCGCGCCGCACAUCGGCAAGUACGAGGCAUUGGCGUGGCUCUGCGGUGGACUCGGAUUCUUCGCUACUCUUGGCUUGGCCGCUGCCUUAAACGACAAGGCCUCCAAGAUCCCUUACACCCCAAAAGUCUACCCAUAUGACAAUUUGAGAGAGGAGCUUGGCGAUAGACCAUAGAAGGCUCCACCUUCUCAAUAUGAUGUGAUGGACUGAGCUCUCAUGUCUUCUUUAAUCAGUGAAAAGAACAGGAAAAUUGUAAUGUUCCUGAUGGUUGUGUUUGUUGUCACUCUCUUGUUAUAAAUUACCAUCUUGUGAUUUUCUGAAUCUUGCCAAGCAUGGCUUUGUCCUAUAAUAAUGCAAUGAGUGUCUUUGAGCAACUAUUACAGAUUCUAAGGAAUGAACUGUUGAUGAUUUCAUCUUUACAA